CCCGUCACCCCGGUGGGUCGCGCCGCGCCGCGCCGGCGCCCAUAAAAACCAAACCCCACGUCCCCACGACGCCUUGCCAUCCCCCACCAAGUCGCCUGCCUUCCCCUCUCCCGCCCACCGCUCGGAGGUCGGAGCCGAUACGCGACGAGGCCAGCCGAUCUGGUCCGCAUCCGCAUGCGCCCGCGCCCGCCCGUCGCCACCUGAGCUUCGGACCCCCGGGCCGGAGCGUGCGGCCCGCGCCCGCCAUGGACGAGUACCGGACGCCGCGCCGGUCGCCGGCGGGCGAGCGGUUCAUCGGCAUGUUCUCGUCGCCGUCGACGCCAUCGUCGUCCCCGACCGAGCCCUCGUUCGUCGCCGGGGACGAGCUCCACGAGGACGACUUCCUCUUCGACGCCGCGGCGCCGCAGCCCGACGCGGCCCGGAGCCCGGGCCGUGGAGCGCCGCCGGGGCACCUCGGCCUCCUGGCCGCGCUGGCGCUGCACGAGGGGGACAAGAGGCUCCUGGUCCGUGGCGGCCACGGCGGGGGAGUGGCCGCCGCCGCGGCCGCCGCCAGCGCGGGGACGCUGCUCCGGCGCAAGGCGACCAUCGCGGCGGCCGCCGCAUCCGCCUCGGCCUCGGUGGCGUCGGGGAGCGCGGGCGCGCUGUCGCCCACCCAGUCCCCGUCCCCGACCUCCUCCGCGUGGGCCAUCCCGGCGACCGCGAGGCCCAAGAACGCCGGGCCCGCCCCGGCGUUCCACCAGUCGGCGCCCGUGAAGGUGCCCGUGCGUCCGCCCCGGAAGCCAGAUAUGGGCCGGUGGGACGAAUUCGAUGACGACGACGACGACUUCCGGAGCGGCGACGCCGCCAUGCUGCCCCCGCAUGAGAUGGUCGCCCGCGCGUCCGCCGGUGGGGCUGGGCCCGCCGCUCCGUUCUCCAUGCUCGAGGGCGCCGGGCGCACGCUCAAAGGCCGAGACCUGCGGCGGGUGCGCGACGCCGUGCUCAGGCAAACCGGGUUCCUCGACUGAAUCCGGCAAGGUGACGUGGCUCUUGCCUUUUGUUCAGCAACCGUGUGCUCAGAGUCGUAGAUGCGUUGCAUUAGGUAUUAGUGUAGUGGGUUCUACUGUGUGAGCAAAGCGGGAAGGUGAGAUAACAAGGUUGAGUUUUCCAUAGAACUGCUUGCAAUUUUGGUGUCCUUGGAUGUCUGCUUGUCAUAUUACUGUAAGCUUCAGCAGUAAUAAGAACUGGUGUCCUGUGUCUGGGUCUGCUGUGCGAGCUCUCUGUAAUCCAGGAGGAAAGAGAGAGAGAACAAAUUUCUGUCAAGGUUGUCUGUUAGGGGUACAUAUCAACUAUCGUGAUGUUAGUCGAGACUAAUGCUUUCUGCUCCUAGUGAAAAUUUUGUUAAUUUUGUUUCAUACUCUUUUAAUGUUACUGAUUUGCCUAUGGUGAUGAAAUAUGCAUUCUUUC